AUGUCUGCUGAGUCUGCGCAGCUGGCGCAAGUCCUCGAGCAAACGAUUCUGAGCCCGGACGCCACCGUGCGGCUGCAGUGCGAAACACAGCUGAAGAAGCUCUCGAAUGAAAACUUUCUACAGUUUGUCGGGCUGCUCGCCCAGGUUCUUGCCGACGAGACCUGCCGUCUGGAAGCGCGGAUCUUGGCCGGUCUGUCGAUCAAAAACGAGCUGGUCAGCAAAGAUUCCGUAAAGUCCCAGCAAUUGACUCAAAGAUGGCUCACCCAGGUCGACGACGCCUCGCGCGCCCACAUCCGCCAGUUAGCACUUGCUGCACUUGCGACCCCUGAGCCUCGUGUUGCCAAUGCCUCAGCUCAGCUGAUCGCGGCUAUCGCCACCAUUGAGCUACCUCGCAACCAGUGGCCCGACCUCAUGAAGAUCAUGGUCGACAACACCGCGGCACAGCAGCCCGAGAACGUCAAAAGAGCAUCACUGCUCGCCCUUGGCUACAUCUGCGAGGCCGCGGACCCAGGAAGCGAAGCACUUGUGGCACAAUCCAACAACAUUCUCAUCGCAAUUGUACAAGGCGCACAGGCCAGCGAGCCCUCUAGGGUCGUAAGACUUACCGCACUGAAUGCGUUGGCUGACUCCCUGGCCUUCAUCAAGAACAACAUGGAGCGCGAGGGUGAGCGUAAUUACUUGAUGCAAGUUGUUUGCGAGGCCACACAGACUGACGAUUCAGAGAUCCAGGCUGCCGCGUUCGGUUGCCUGUGUAAGAUCAUGUCGCUCUACUAUUUCCUCAUGAAGCCCUACAUGGAGCAGGCUCUUUACGCCCUAACCAUUUCCACGAUGCAGUCUCAAGACGAGAAAGUCGCCUCCAUGGCUGUUGAGUUCUGGUCCACUAUCUGUGAAGAAGAGAUCGAUAUUGCCUUCGAGCUCGCACAGUUCCCUCAGUCUCCUUUGCAGAGCUUCAACUUCGCACUCACAUCUAUUCAGGAGGUUGUUCCCAACCUACUGAACUUGCUCACUAGACAAAAUGAAGAUGUGGAAGAUGAUGACUGGAACGUGGCCAUGUCCGCCGGAGCUUGUUUGCAGCUUUUUGCCCAAAACUGUGGCAACUACGUUGUUGAGCCUGUUUUACGUUACGUGGAACUGAACAUCACUAGCGACAACUGGAGGAACAGGGAAGCUGCCGUUAUGGCUUUCGGAUCUAUUUUGGACGGCCCUGAUAAAGUCCAACUCACGAACCUCAUUCACCAAGCUCUGCCCCCAAUUCUUCACCUAAUUAAGGACCCAUCCUUGCAAGUCAAGGAGACGGUAGCUUGGUGCAUUGGAAGGAUUGCAGACUUGGUUGUUGGCGCUAUUGAUCCACAAGCCCACCUGCCCGACGUCGUUCAAGCGUGCUUGGAAGGUCUCCAGGACCACCCUAAGGUCGCCACAAACUGCGCCUGGACUAUCAUAAAUUUGGUGGAACAGAUGGCAGACUCCCCAGGCUCGCCCAUCUACAACUACUACCCAGUAUUGGUAGAUGCGCUAAUGAAGGCUGCUAACAGAACUGACAAUGAAAACAGCGCGCGCGCAUCCGCGUUCUCUGCCCUGACAACCCUUGUCGAGUUUUCAACUGAUCAAGUUGCUGAAUCCGCUAUUUCCAUCUCCUCAUUCAUUUUGGACAAACUUGGACAGACUAUGAGUGUUGAUGAAUCCCAGCUAAACAACGAUGCCAAGCAGAGCUUAGAAGAAUUGCAGUCCAACGUUCUCAGCGUACUAUCUGCUGUCAUUCGUAAAAAUCCCGCAUCUGUGACAUCUGUAUCAGAUAUGCUCAUGGACCUGUUCCUCAAGCUGCUCGACAAGAAGGAUUCGUCAUAUGUUGAAGAUGAUGUUUUUUACGCUAUUUCUUCUUUGGCCGCUGCUCUCGGAAAAACUUUCGAAAAGUACUUGGAAACCUUUUCACCAUAUCUGGUGAACGCCCUGAACCAAGUUCAAUCACAAGUCUCAAUUACAGCAGUCGGGUUGAUUGCUGAUAUUUCCAACUGCUUGGAAGACGGCUUCAAGCAGUUCGCGCCUGCGUUCAUGAACGUACUCGGGCAAAUGAUCUCAGCUAAUAAUGCCAAGAAGGAGCUCAAGCCUGCGGUUCUGUCAGUUUUCGGUGACAUCGCGUCAAACAUUGGAGCGGACUUCAUCCCAUAUUUGAACCAAGUGAUGGCUCUCUGUGUCGCAGCCCAAAACACCAGACCUGAGAACGCAUCUUUGGAAGCCCUUGAAUACAAUGUGAAGGUGCACGAGUCUGUUUUGGACGCCUACGUUGGCAUGGUGGCCGGCUUGCACGACAAUGCAGACGCGCUGUUCCCAUAUGUUGGAACCUUGUUCCAGUUUAUUAGCCACAUUGCUGAUAAUCCAACUCUGAAUAGUGAGGACUCGACUGCAAGGGCUGCAGUUGGUAUAGUCGGUGACGUUGCUGCCAUGUUUCCUGACGGCAGGAUCAAGCAAUUCUACGCUCAGGACUGGGUUACUGAGUUUAUCAAGAAGACUAGAAGUAACCCAUCCUUUAGCCAGUCUACCAAGGAUACAGCCAGAUGGGCCAGAGAGCAACAAAAAUACCAAUUGGGGCUGAGGUAG